CUGCUCAUCAUCAUCAUCAUCAUCACUCAUCACACAACGAUAUCCUUAGCUUAGCUCUCCUCCUUUCUCCUCAAAAUCUCCACAGCCCUUUUCUCCUGUAAACAAUCCCAUCAUCCAUUUCCCUUAACACCACCACCAAACCUUUUCUCUUUUCUCUUAAAAAAACCCUAACUUUAUAAAACCCCUUCACAUCUUCGUAAACAAUUUUCACUUCUUUUUUAACAUUUAAAUGUUUGAGCCAUGGACAUAACCCCGGCAACAGCAACAGCAACAGCAACAGCAACAGCCCCCACCAACAAUAACACUAACACCACAAUUCCAAAAUCCCCAGAGGCAGACACUGGAACACCAACCCGGAUCCCUCAAACAAAGCCUUUGUCUUUCACCAACGGUGUCCUCAAACGCAACCAUCCACACCACCACCACCUCCACAAUCAUUUUUCACCACCACCAGUAGUCAUAACCUACAAAGAAUGCCUCAAGAACCACGCUGCUACCUUAGGUGGCCAUGCUCUAGAUGGCUGUGGAGAAUUCAUGCCUUCUCCGACCGCCACACACACUGAUCCAACUUCUUUAAAAUGUGCCGCUUGUGACUGCCAUCGCAACUUUCACCGCCGUGAACCUGAAGAUUCCCCCCCUCACACCACCGCUAUAACAACCAUAGAGUACCAACCUCACCACCGCCACCACCCACCACCGCCACAAGCGCAUCCUCAGCAUAAUAGAAGCCCCAAUUCAGCCUCUCCUCCUCCGAUCUCCUCCUCUUACUACCCUUCAGCUCCACACAUGCUGCUAGCACUCUCAGGGGGUGUAUCGGGUCUGAAUGAGAAUGUGAAUAUAAAUGCUCCUCCACGAGCUGGUUCUUCGCCGCGAAAACGAUUCAGGACGAAGUUCAGCCAGAGCCAAAAAGAGAGAAUGCACCAGUUUGCAGAGAAAGUUGGAUGGAAGAUGCAAAAAAGAGACGAAGAUUUGGUUCAAGAGUUCUGCAAUGAAGUUGGGGUUGAUAGAAGUGCGUUGAAAGUUUGGAUGCAUAACAACAAGAACAGCUUUGGUAAGAAAGAACACCUUAAUGGGAACAAUGAUGACAAUAUUAGGAGCAGUAAUCUUGAAAACUCUUACAGCAACAAUGAGAGCAACAAAGACAUUACGAACAACGACAACAACAACAACCAUCACCACUUUGAGAAUGAUAGUCAUGCUGCACAUGUUGGGACUAAUGGUUCUUCUUCAUCUUCUUAAAACUCGAUCAAGGAUUGUUGUUUUAAUUAAUGAUGAUGAUGAUGAUAAUAAUUGUUAGCUAGAUAGAGAGAUCAUCAGUAAGGAUGGCACUAGCUGUCAGUUUCUUUCUUUAAGUCUCCUUUUCCUUUAAAAAUUCCUGAUUUUUGUUUUUAGUUUUGAUUAAUGAUGGUCAAUAUCACUUGGAAGAGGAUAGCGUGGGAGCGAUUUGAUCCAAAUUAAGGGAAAUAUUAUUCUCAGUUAAUUUAUCUAA